CUGCAAAGUAAACUUGCAAUAUAGAGAUUUCUGUGGGUCUGAGGCACUGGCUGGUGGCUUUGUCGCUUCCAGGCAAAACCCACUGCUGUGCAUGGAAAGUCUGCAAGCUAAUGUAUUCUGUUACAGACCAUUUUACUAAGACUUUCCACUUCUGGGUGAAGUGGUAGGUGGCCCCUUGUUCUCACAUCUGUCCAUCUUCUCUUGGGCAGAAUGAGGAUGAGCAAUAGCAUGUCUGAGGUGAGGAAGGGCAGCCCCAGCUUCAGCUGAGCCUGUGCAUUUGUACUUGGGUUGUGCUGGCUCUUCCACCCCUCUGCUUCUCUCCCUUCUGCCUCAGUAUGAAGCUCCACCACCAGACCCUGGGCGCUGUGCUUCUACUGCUGCUGGCUGGCUGUGGCGUCGUGCUCCAGACCUCUGCCAUCGACCUGCGGACCUUCAUUGGCUGUGCUGUGCGUGAGUUCACUUUCCUGGCCAAGAAACCUGGCUGCAGGGGGCUGCGGGUGACAACGGAUGCGUGCUGGGGACGCUGCGAGACCUGGGAGAAACCGGUGCUGGAACCACCUUACAUUGAGUCUUACCACCGCGUCUGCACCUACAAUGAGACAAAGAUGAUGACAGUGAAGCUUCCCAAGUGUGCCCCUGACGUGGAUCCCUUCUACACCUACCCUGUGGCCGUUCGCUGCGACUGUGACAUCUGCUCCACUGCCACCACUGAAUGUGAAACUGCCUGAGCUCUCCUUUCCCAUGUCAGGUGAGGAGGGGCCAGCUUCUUCUCUGGCUUCAUCUCCCUGGUACCUCCAGCAUUACAGAAGGUGUAAUUAUGCCAGUCAAGGAUUUGAUCUUACCCUUUAGUGCUCUUAACGGUUGACUUUUCUGGGCAGAUGAGGCUUAACCCCACUCCUCAUGCUGUUCAAAUCAUUACUGCUGGAGAAAUGUAGUGCACAGCCUUAUAAUAGCAAAUCCUGUGGUUAAAAAGGGGGAAAAAAAAGUUGCAGUUUCCCUUCCUUAGAGGCUUUUCACACUGUGUGACCUUUCUCCAUGCACAAAGCGCACAUGGACCUAACAGUCACUAGGGGAGGGGGGGAAGCAGAUCACAGAGGCAUCACCAGCUCUGUAACAGCUUCUUUAUUCAUGUCAGGUUUUAGUUCCUUCCCAGUAAUGUAGAUGCAAUUACUAAUAUUUCCACCACCUCACCCCUGCCAUUAGUUUUUCUUACCCUGAGGUCUAUCAGGAGCAGCAGCCAAAGACAGAGCCUUAAGGCCAAUGAAAUGAAAAUGGUUACCCAAAUUGCUACCUUGAAAUUAGUGUGAAUGCAUACUCAGCCCUGACUUAACAAAGU